CAAUUUCAAAAUCAAUCUCAAAUUCUCAAAUGUCAGUGAUUCGUCCUUCUCCGAUUCCAAUUCCGAGAUGCAGAUCUCAGGUACUGCAUCGUCGUCUUUAUUCGAUCCAAUUGAUUCAGAAACGACGUCGACGGUGGAAUCCAAGGUCGGAGGUGGAGGAUACUGCGGUUAAAUCGACGGCUCGGUCUCCAGAGGCAGCAGGAGGGAAAAUGGUUGUGGAGCUAGUUGGAGCUUUCAACGAAGUAACAGAGAGGAUGAAUUCGGUUUGGUUGUCGACGUCAUCGUCUAGGUUACUCUUUAAAGCUCUGAAGCUCUCGAUUCCGAUUUUACAGUCUCUUCCUCUUGCCUCUGAUGGUCGCUCUCCUCUUUCUAAGGCUCUCUCACUCUCUAUCAUACUCGCAGAUCUCCAGAUGGAUGCGGAAGUUAUAUCGGCGAGUAUAUUGAGUGAGGUGGUGGAGGCGAAAGCGAUAUCUAUAUAUGAAGUUAGAGACCAGAUUGGUACUGGAACUGCUCAUCUGCUUCAUGAGAUUUUUCGUGUUAAGAACAUCCCUUUUAAAGUUGAUGUCUUGGACGAUGAAACUGCUGCUUCAUUGAGAAAGUUCUGUUUAACCUACUAUGACAUCAGAGCUGUGAUCAUGGACUUGGUUUCAAAGCUUGAUGAGAUGAGGCAUUUGGAUCACUUGCCAAGGUAUCGCCAGCAGAUUCUCUCCCUUGAAGUGUUGAAGAUUUAUUCUCCUUUAGCUCAUGCCGUAGGGGCUAAUCAUCUGUCACUUGAGCUCGAGGACAUCUCUUUUCGUUAUCUUUUCCCUUGUUCGUAUCUAUACUUAGAUUCAUGGUUAAGAGGUCACAAGAACGGGUCGUUGAUAGACGUGUACAAAGAGCAGCUUCAUCGGUCUUUGAAGGCUGAUUUGGUUUUGGCUGAAAUGGUGGAUGAUGUAUAUAUUAAAGGUCGGUAUAAAAGCCGGUACAGUAUGAUGAAGAAGCUCUUAAGAGACGGGCGUAAACCGGAAGAAGUUAAUGAUGUGCUUGGUCUACGGGUCAUAUUGAUGCCGAAUUCUGUAACAAACGAUGUUGAAGUGGGCGAAAAAGCCUGUUACAGAACAAGUGAGAUUAUCCGGUCUUUGUGGAAGGAGAUUCCUCAUAGAACAAAAGACUACAUUGCUAGGCCGAAGGAAAAUGGGUAUAGGAGUCUACACAUGGCGGUUGAUGUUAGCGACAACGAUCAGACAAGACCUUUGAUGGAGAUACAAAUACGGACAAUGGAUAUGGAUGGAUCCGCUAAUGCUGGAACAGCAUCACAUUCUUUGUAUAAAGGCGGUCUAACCGACCCAAAAGAGGCGAAGCGGCUUAAAGCAAUAAUGAUGGCAGCAGCGGAUCUUGCAGCGAUUCGACUCAAAGAUCUCUCAUCAAAUAAACACCAAAGCUUCAAGACAACAAUGAACCAGAGAGACAGAGUGUUUUGCCUUCUGGACAAAAACGGGGACGGAAUGAUCAGCAUAGAGGAACUAAUGGAAGUGAUGGAAGAGCUUGGAGCUCCAGGUGAAGACGCAGAAGAAAUGAUGCAGCUUCUUGACUCUAACAGCGAUGGAUCUCUUAGUUCAGACGAAUUCGAUACGUUCCAGAAACAAGUUGAGUUCAUGCGUAAAUGGGAAGAUAGAGAUAACGAGUACAAGAGUCUUUUAGACGAGAAGCUUCAUGAUCUCCCACAUCAAGAUACCACAGGUUUGAUACAGUUAUACAAUAAAGAGCUUGAGGAUCGUCUCUCAACCCAUUAAAUAUCAAACCAUUUUUCUAAAAUCUAAUAUUUACCCAUAAAUGUGUAUACUGUAUAUGUAUUCCUAAUUUCUUAGUUAUCUGUUGACAUAGAUUUAUUGGGUUUUUUUUUUCUUCUUAAGUAUGUUUAAGAAAACCCAUUUUAGUUU